UCAAGCUCAGCACUCACAUAUUUGGACACAGAGUGAUUUUCUUCUCCUUGGUGCAUUUGACUUCUCACAGUUUUCUUCUUAUACCUGCUCGACGACUUUUUGGAAAAAAAAAUGGAUAAGCUGGGCGGGAAUAAUGCAACAGUGGUGAACGGCUCCAUAGACAUGUGGUCAUUUAAUGGACAUGGCUCUUUCCAACAUCUGGACCCCAGGGAGCUGAGGGUCCUAGUACCAGCUAUUCUGGGGUUCAUCUGUGUCUUGGGUGUGGCUUGUAAUCUGACUGCAAUGGUCAUCUUGUUCUCCAACGCUCACAGGGGCAAACUCUCUCUCAUCAACUCCCUCCUCUUCAACCUGAUGUUUGCUGAUGGAUUGGUGCUGGUGUUUUCUGUGCCCUUUAAGGCAGCCUCCUUCUCCAAAGCUAGCUGGGAUCUGGGUUGGGUGGUGUGUAAGACGGCAGACUGGUUCCUCCAGUCCUGUAUGGCAGCAAAAAGCCUCACAGUGGCGGUAAUGGCCAAAGCAUGCUACCGCUACGUCUCAAACCCAACCAAACAAGUGAGCAUCCACCUGGGCUCCAUCUUGGUGGUGUUCUUCUUCAUCUGGCUGUCCGCCUGUUCUGUCACCAUCCCUCUUUGGCUGUUUGCUACCCUGCAGAGACGGAUCCGUGGGCUGGUGUGUGUCCUGGUAGUUCCCCCUGAAGCGCAGAAUUUCAUGUCAGUGUACGUCAAAGCAUACCCUCUGGGGGUCUACUGUGCACCUCUCAGCUUUGCUCUGAUGUAUUUCUGGAAGGCUUACGGCCAAUGCCAGCGUCGCUCCAGUAAGACCCAGAACCUGCGCACACAAAUCCGAUCCAGAAAGCUCACCUUGAUGCUGUUCAGCCUGACUGUGGCCAUGGCUAUUCUUUGGCUCCCACAGUGGGUGGUGUGGCUUUGGGAGCGUCACAUAGCUGAGAAGGAAAUUGAAGGAGUCAAGCCAUUGGUGUCUUCUCUCCCUCUUCUUCUAACCCUCUCUGCUCAGCUGCUCACCUUCUCUCUGUCCCUGGUGAACCCUCUCAUCGUGCUCUCCCUCUCAGAAGAGUUCAGAGAGGGAUACAGGGGGCUGUGGAGACGCCUCACGCUGCGCAAACAACCUCCUCCAAAGCCGAAACCUGGACCUCACAAACCUUCAGCAGUCCUGUCGCCUUGCCCCAGACCAGAGACUUCUGUUGAACUGAGGGGGGAUAACAGCUUUCGAUCGAGCUCCAGCCAGGGUCCUAGCAAAAAGGCUCAGCCCCAGACAGAGCAGGGAGGAGGAGACAUGGAAAUUGACAGAGUGAGCCUAAAGGAUGGUAUCGUCUUGCCUGAUUUGGAGCAAUUCUGGCAUGAGAGGGAGACUGGAUCAUACAAUGAUGAAAAUGAUCCUGUGCCGUGGGAGCACGAGAACGACGGUGGGAAGAAAUAACAACUGACCUCAAGCUUAUCCCAUACUCCAUUUUCGAUACAGUCCUCAGAUGGAAACAGCUUCAUCAACUUACCACAGUUGCAUGGACUGCUGAGUACUUCACAGCAAAUCAUUUGUUUUCUGUCAACUGUGUUUAAGAUAUUAUUGAAAGGUAAGAAGUGAAAUCAUUGUGGAAUACAAAUAGAGCAGUAUCGUCUGCAUAUAAAAUAAACAGUGCAUGAUAUCGUCUUUUUGUUGUCUUUUUCUGGUUUGAGAAAAAGGUUAUCAGUGUAACAUGACUUUUGGUGACUGUUAAUUCCAGCUUCUG